UUAACUCCCCUCCCCACCACCACCACCGCGUUACUUCUGUGUACUGCCACCACCCCCACCACCACCUCGCUGUCCUCACUCACCGGGCGAGGAGAUACAGGACAACUCUGUCCCCGUUUGCUCUUUUGCUGCAGCGGCAGCACACGCAGGGAGGCAAGGCGCGGGCGCUUCCUCCUCCUCCUCUUCUUCAUCACUCGUAUCAGCUGUCGAUGGUCGUGACGGCGGCGGCGGUGGUGGUGCUGUGUGCGUAUGUGGGCUUAUCCGCCCCAAAAUUCCACAUCUUCUGUGCUCCGGUCCAUGGCUUGCGGGGAAUUCCACAUCGUGGCGGAGCAAAACAGUUUUGUAUUCGAGUUGACGCGGAGCACUGAGGUUCAUUGUGCUUUGCAAAUGAAGCCGUGAAAUUCUCUGCUCCUUCACUGGAAGCGAGGGGCCUGGGGAAGAGGAAGCUGAAUCCUUGUUUGUGUGAGCGAGGCUGGGAGUCUUGAACAGCAGAAGAAUAAAAGGUGUCUGGAUCUGUCGAUUUUCAAACCAACGAGAGAAUCAGCUCUAUAAAAUUGCAAAUGAAUGGGAAAACAAUUGAUCUGGAAAGACUUUUGUCCCGAACGAGCUUCGUAUUUCAAGACAAAGGGCCUCUUGACGACAGCAACAACAAAGUGACGGCUGUCCGUGCCAUGCCGUAGUAAUGGUGGAGAUAAAAACAAAGCUAUGUAUAUUCCAAAAGUAAGCCGUAACCAGACCACCUACACCUCUGUGAGGUGUACGUGAGCAGGGUGAAAUCUGAACCGCUCGUAGCAUCAAACCAACACCAAGAAAGUCCCUGGCAUCCAACCGCCGGCCGUAUUGCCGCAAUAUUGCUUGUCGCCAUAAUAGUGCCAACCGCACGGUCGGGCCAUCGCAUCGUUAACCACACUGUGAGACCAUUGGUGGCACCGCCAUCACAGCCGGCGUCAACCAGAUUAAAGCACCAUCAGCCAUACCGUCACACCAUCAUGCCGUUGGUCAGAACAUCGUAUAUUUUAAUUACACCGUAAAACUGCAGGUCAUCGCCACGUCCGUCACAGCCUCACGGUACCAAACACGCAGUCGCGUCAUCACACUUAAUUAAACGUCGAAUCGGUCAUAGCAUCGGGCCAACACCAUCAGCCCCCCACCAUAACAAUCAUCGGCCGCGUCGUCGUGGCGCCAGUCAUGGGGGACGUACAGUUGGACAGGGACUUUGAAGAGGUGACCACUGCACUGGAUCGUUCGCUGCCGGGACCGGAGCGGCUGCAGAGGGCUCGCAAGAAGCGCGCGGAGCAGCUGAAGCGCUGGGCCGAGUUCGACCGGCAGCACGGCAAGAAGGGGCGCGCCAAGAAGAAGCGGCUUCGCUCGAGAAGCCGCGCCGUCAACUUCCCGCCCAGCCUGAGGCUCCUGGAGGCCGUGAGCCGGAACGACGUAGAUGAAGUUACGACGCUGCUGUCGGACGGCGUGAGCCCGGACUCGUGCAACGAGGAGGGCCUCACCGCGCUGCACCAGGCGUGCCUGUGGGGCUGGGAGGACCUGGCCGGCCUGCUGCUGAGCCGUGGUGCUUCGGUAAACGCUCGCGACUCGGGGCUGUGGACGCCACUGCACGCCGCGUGCGCGCAGGGGUUCACCGAGGUCGUGCGGCUACUCGUGCCACGGGGCGCGGACCUCCUGGCGCUGAGCGAGGACGGGGAGACUCCGUUCGACGUGUGCGACGACCACGAGACGAUCGCCUACCUGGAGGGCGAGAUGCGGCAUCGAGGCCUCACCGAAGAGGUGGUGGAAGACGCCCGGAAAGCCACGGAGGACUCCUUCAUCGGCGAGAUGACGCAGAGCGUCGCCGACCUCAACGCGCCCGACGACCACGGCGUGGUGGUGCUGCACAUGGCGGUGGCGCACGGCUAUGAACGUGCCGUGCGGGUGCUGCUGGAGGUCGGGGCCCGCUCGGACAUACCGGACGCAGACGGAUGGACGCCCCUGCACGCAGCUGCCUAUUGGGGCCAGGAAAACAUCGCAGAAAUCCUGGUGGCGUACGGGGCGCGGCUCGACACGGCGAAUAAGCACGGGCAGACGCCUGUCGAGCUGUGCGAGGACGUGGAGAUGCGCGCGCGGCUCGCGCGGCUCAAGGAGCGCGCCGAGCGGGGGCUGCUGGACGUGCGCAACCGCCGGGGGUUCCUGCCGCUCCACCGCAGCAGCCUGCGCGGCAGCAAGAGCAGCAAGCUGGUGCACAAGGGACGCACGGAGGAGAUGCAGAGCGAAGCCAUCGUGUGGCAGACGAUGGAGAAGCGGGACGACGUGGACGACGACGCUGAGGACUCCCGACCCGAGGACGGCAGGACGGCAUCUCGCAAUGCCCUGAACGGCAAUGGAAUAACGCACGGCGCGGGCGCGGAGCGAUUAUCAAAACGGGAAACUUCAGGUGCAGAAGCAGCUCCGACGGAUUCUACCGCCACCUCCAAUCGGCCUGCCCCUGCGGGCGACGCUGCUCCCGCUGCCGCCGCUUCGGGUGAACAAGAUUCGGACGCGGUGGGUGAGAGCGCUUCGGCGAGCGACGCCCGGCAGUCGCCCGAGCCCGAGGCUGCGGACAAAAACUCUGCUGCAGACGACGACUGCAGCUCCGACGACGACGGCUCCGAUGCCGACGUCCACUCGGUUAGCAGGCAGCCGCAGGAAGUCGUCGUCCAGCAGCCUGUCGCGCAAGUCACCGUGGCGCCAGCCGCAGGUGGCAAUGUUGAGGAUGCGCGCGGGACUGACCUGAGCAACGGAAAACCCAUCGAAUGCUCGGCGGUUUCGGCCGCUGUGAAGGGCGUCGCGGAAAGUGGCGAGCCGCCUCAUGAAAAUGAGAAGGCCGGAGCUGCUCCAUCAGGUCAGGGGGGGGGACCCGGUGCGAGCGAAGAAAGUGACGAGCCGCCGCCCGCAAGCACGAGCGCGGCUGCCGCGUCAAACCGUCGCGACGAUGAUGGAGAAGCGAACGCUGCCGAGCAGGGCGAGAAGGCGCCGUGUUCGGAGAGCGCAGCGGCGGCGUCAACUCCUGCCGAGCGUUUGGCACCAACGGGAAGCGGCACAGCCAGCGCGGCGUUGGAGCAGAACGGUGAAUCCAGCGAUCCCAUAAAUAGCGUAGACGUCAAUGGCGCUCGGCAAGCCGUGGACGCCGAUGCUGAAGAUAACGGCGUUGACGAGAAACCUGCAUCUCCGCCGAAGGUUGGCUCCCUGCCGGGCGACGGAAUAUCGACGCAUGGGGUGGAUAGUUCUGCCGACGCUAAUCCGCCGCCGCCGUCGUCGCCGUCAGACGAUGCCGCGAAGCCGCAGGCCGCCACUCCGUCCAGCGUCGCCACUCCGUCCAGCGUCGCCACCACCUCCUCUUCCUCCUCCUCCACGGAGGGGGGGGCAGCGAUAGAUGAAAGCCGCGUCCUAGUGCAGCUCCUCAACGACGCGUUCGAGGACGACGAUCUGUCGAGCAAAGAGGACGACGAUGACAAUGGCGGCGGCGGUGGCCCCGCCGGGUCCAGUGUCGUCGUGGGGGGUGUCGGCAUGAGCGGCGGCCAGGUGGCCGGAGUUUCGUACGCGGCGGGAGGACACAAAGCGAACGGCGUAAGAGAGCCACGCCGCCCGCGGUGGGACGAUCACGAUGUGCCAACGUUCAAGGGGGAGGUGCGGGAAGACAACACCGAAGCGAAGGGGCGCAGGUGUUGCAAAAUGAUGUGAUCACUACGCAGACUUUGUACGCCGUUUGUGUGCGCGUGUUUGACAACCCAAGGUGUGGCUCAGGCCGUAGAGCAUCAGGGGUCAUUCUAGAUUUAUAAGCAGCAAGGGGUGUCAUUCGUGCGAUUGCGAGUUCACGUCCUGGACUGGUUGACAGAGCCCUCAUUGUCGCCGUCGUUCCCCACGGUUGGUAGAAUGAGCACCGCCACGUGACAAAGCUGUGUACAAUGUCGUGUAAAGUUCAACAUCGGUUGUAGCAUGGGACCCGCUGGUCCCUGCUAGUGGAGUGUGAAACUUCCCGCUGCUGGCUCAGGAUAGCUAAUGAAGAUGAGCAGAACCAAAACGCUCGUUUGAUUGUGCUGUGGUUCAAACUGCCCCGCGAAUGGAACUGAAUAUACAUUUGUUCACUAUAAUAUUCGUUUAUGAAAUUAUAAAAAAAGCACACACAAAAACCUAACUGUACAUUAUUCGAACAUUUAGCCUUACGUUUUAUUUGCUCUCGCGAGUUUCACAAUGUGCAUGCAGUCGCAAUGCUGGCGGCGCGUCGAAUCGCACCACAGACCAAUCAAAGCUGUGGACAGUGUUAAUGUGAACUCCGAAGUGUCGUUCUCACAUCGGCAGAUGCAUUCAAAGUCAAGGGUGCUACCUAGCUUCGAACAAAACAGCCUUUGGCCCAGCAGGGGGGGGGGGGCGAUAAAUCUUGUGGUUAGUGACUCGAUGAGACUGUUGCCAACUUGCGUGUUUCAGGGGCGCGCUUGGAGCAUCGCUUCAAAUUGUGCCGAGUCGUGAAGACCUCCGCCCCGUUACGUUGCGACGUGGAGCCCCGUUAUGCGGGUCCCGGGGUGGUGGGACACAUUGGGGGGGCCCCCGUGUGAAAUCACCUUCAUUGUGCUCGUUGGCACUGUGGGGGCCAAACUCGGCUUGCUCGUAUUUACCUGCAGUAAAGUUCAAAUACUGUAAUCGGUGAGAAGGAAACAAAAAAAAACUGCUGACAAUGAUUGAAUGCCUAAGUUAUGCGUCGUUUUUGUGGGAUCAUGUAGUGAUUUGUAAUAUCGUAUCAGUCGGCUGUACACAGUCGUCGUGUUUAUUAAACUCGUGAUUCGAGUGUAGCGCACACUGAACCCCGAAA